UUUGCCUGCCCCCUUCUUGAGCCUUGACCCGGAUUCCACAGAGUUUAAAUGCAGAGGAGCAAUUUGAACCCACCUUGGCCCAGUGCUCCGGGCAUUUAAUACUGAUCCCUCAAUCUGAUGACUUGGAAUUAAAAGUGCUCGUGAAGACAGAGAGAGCCUCAGGUGGCACCCAGUUGCCUCCAAGUCUGGAUGGCUGUCUUUAAGUGGGUCAGAUGUUUGUUUGAGGUUUAAAAUAAUGCAGUUCUUCAAUGCAUGGAGAGGCCAUGUGCAACAUUAGCACCUCAGACAGGCUGGGAUUCUAAUUAGCUGCUGAUACACGGCCGUGUGCCCGAUAUAGCAACCUGUUGGCUCACAAGGACGAUGAGGUGCACGUGACAGGAGAGCGAGGCAACAAGACGCAGUGAAGACGGAGUGAUGUUUUGUUUCUGAGCAAGCUCCAUGGAGGUGGCAAAUCCACAGCUGCAGCCUGGCAGGGAGCAAUGGAGAAGGGAGAUGGAGGAGAGGUGGAGAACAACAGGGAGGCGGAGGGUGAGACCAUGGAUGAGCGAGGGGGAAGACGAUGAAAAGGCAGACAAUGAGGUGAGUGAGCAGGAGGAAGAGGCUGUUGGAGAAACUAAGAGUGAGGGGAUUGGAAUUUUGCAGCUGGUAACAUUUCCCAGCCAAGAUGAGCUGGGAAUCUCAGCAGCCGGAGAUUCCCAGGAAGAUUAUAGACUUUUCAACGAUAAGAAGCUGGUAACCCUUUCCAGCCUACAAGAGAUGGAGCAGGGAAGCUUAGUGACAUUAGAUUCCUAUGAAGGUACUAGACCUUCUAAAGAUGAAAAGAAGUAUCUCCAGAUUGAAGGUUGUCAUGAUGAUGAAAGAAAGUGGAAAAAGGGACAAAAUACAGCAAUGAAAGAGGGAAGAGAUGUUUGGGAAGAUGAGGGCAGAGCCGCUGUGGGGUUCUGGGGCCAUGAAGAUGAGGAGGAGCUCAGUGAAGAUGAUGAGGAGGAAGCAAUGUGCUCCCAGAAUGAAGAGAGUGCAAAAGUUUACUGCAAAGACGACCACCAUGUGGAGAUGUUCCACACUUUAACGACGUUCCGGGACUCGUUUCUGCUCACGGAUCUCACCCUGAACACCAAAGAUGGCAGGAAAAUCCACACGCACUCCAUCGUCAUGGCAGCCGCCAGUUCCCUAGUCAAGGACAGUCUGAACAACGUCUACCAGGAAGGACAGCAUAGGCCGUCCAGCUCCAUGGAUAUAGAUGUGGACCACCGUGGGUUAGAUGCGAUAGUGGAGUUUGCCUACACUGGACUCAUAUCCUGUCUGGAUGAGGUGGAGCGACUGAAGGCGGCAGCUCAGACCAUGGGCGCUUACAGAAUGCUGGAUUGUCUGAGGAAGAUGCAGGAGAAAUCAAGCACUAAUGAAGAAGGUAUCUCAGCUGCAGAACAACUGGCCAUUAGUUGGCAGUCCAUUAAAGAAAUGGGGUUACACCAAGUGGCCUGUGACGUCAUCCUAGAAGCAGUUGGAUCAUCAAUUCCGGUCCACAGAGUCAUCCUGGCUGCUAGCAGUGACUUCUUUCGUGGAAUGUUUGGUUCAGGCAUGAGAGAGUCCACUCAGUCCCGCAUCAGCCUUCCCUUUCUGGCAGCUUCAGAUUUGGAAGUUCUCAUCGGUUCCUCCUACAGUGGCACCAUUCCCUUAAGCUGGAGUCGUGUGUUCAAUAUCAGCAGCAUCUCCCUUCAGCUCCAGUACCAGCCGGCACUCUCCCUAAGCCUUGACUUCCUACGGCAGGAACUCAACCCACACUCGUGCCUUGAUGUGGCAUCUUUUGCCGAAGCCUACCAGGUGAGGCAACUUCUCAAAGCGUCUGACGACUUUGUGUUGCGGAACUUCCAAAAGGUGGCGAGCACCUCCAAGUUCAAAGACCUGCCGACCAAACAGCUCUUGAGGUACCUUCAAAGUCGCUCGCUCUGUGUUCCAUCUGAGCUGGUUGUGUUUAAGGCAGUGGCAGCCUGGAUUGAAGCCAGACCCAAAACCAGGCUUCGACAUGCCAAGGAGCUCAUGGAGACCAUCUACUUCCCUCUCAUGACCUUUGAAGAAUUCAAAGAAGUUCAGUCUGUGAACAUGUGGUCCAAACACAACCUGACAGAACUGUAUGAAACAGUUUGGAAGGAUUUUUGCUCUAAUGAUAUGGCACCACAGAGCCAGUGCCGCGUUUACCUGCCAGAACAGAAUCUAGUCCUGACCGGAGGUGACCAAAUCUCUGAGGACCUGGGCCGUCGACAUAUCAGCAGCAAAGUCUGGUUUGGGAAUUCCCUGAUGAACCACACAGGAAUAAAAAAGGAAAUGGAGUGGAGGCGGCUGAGCGAUAUGCCCGAGCCUUCCAGGUUUCGUCAUGAAGCUGCGGUGCUCAAAGGACAACUGUACGUAUUGGGCGGCAAGAAAUACUAUGGCACCGGAGACACCUUGAAUUGCGUGUAUAGAUACGACCCACUUCAAAACAGUUGGCAGAGAAUGGCAGACAUGACCCAGAAGAGGAACUCCUUCUCUGUGGUGGUAAAGAGUGGGAGCAUUUAUGCCAUCGGGGGGUGCUGUGAUCCUGAAUACAUAGAGAGCGUGGAAUGCUUUUCACCAGCUGCAAACUCUUGGAGCUUGGCUUGUCCGCUGGAUCAAACCCUGGGUGGACAUGUGGCCAAAGUGUUGCAAGGACAGAUUUUUAUUUCUGGAGGACUGAACAGCGACUGUCUCUGUCUGGCUUCUCUGUUCGUGUACCAUCCUGAGAUAGGAAGCACCUACUUAGCAAACAUGUCUCAACCACGGGCCUACCACUGCAUGGAGAACCUGACCAACCGUCUCUACGUGGCCGGGGGGUUCACAGUGGACAGUAACGACACAGCGAUAGACCAACUGACCUGUGAGGUGUACGAUCCCUCUAGUGACACGUGGACCGCCUUCUCGUCCAUGCUGGUGCCUCAUGUGGGGGCAGGUAGCGCCAUAUUGGAGGGCAAGGUGUACCUACUCGGCGGAUACAGCCAGGAGGACUACAGCGACACCAAAAUGGUCCACCGCUAUGACCCCGCCCUGCAAAAGUGGGAGAAUAUGGGCAAGAUGCCAGGACCCAACAACGACCUGCGAGUGUCUUUGCUACAUUUGCCACCACAUGUGCGCAUGUAGGGCAUUUUCUACGAUAAGUUACCCUCAAAGUGGUUAAACGGGUACAUUUAUUAAUGGGCUGUAUUCAGAAGAAUCUAAAUUUACAAAAAUGUUUUUUUGUUCUACAAUAAUACCUCAACUUCCAAGCUUAAUUAGUUGUGUGACAGAGCUCUUAACUCAAAACACUUGUAUCUCAAAUCAACACCCUUCACUGAUAAUGAUUUCAAAUCAAUUUGAUCAGUGCUUGACGUGCCCAAAACAGCACAAUUUUAAUUCUCUGGUAUGCAUUUUAAAGAAAAAAGUCAAUCUUUUAGAAUAUAAAUAUUGCAUGAAAAACUAUACGAUCAAAUGUAUUACAAAAAACUACAGUAGUAUUAUCAUGAAGUAAUGUCAUUUUAAUGUAAAAAAUGUACCUUGCAGAGUGGACUUCUACGAUAUCCCCUUCCAGCUUCUCCAUGGUCCGCUGUUUACAUAAUAUUUUUACAACCUUUGCUGGCGUUAUGAGUUCAUUCUUGUCAUGACGAGGACUUUGGUGCAGUUUGUUUUAGGCUUAAAUAGUGGUGACAUGAUUAAUAACAGGUGCGUGAGUCCAACUGAAUCAGGUGCGUAACAUGAGGACAGGUGAAAACUAAUGGGUUGUCAUGGAAACAAAACAGGGAGUGAAAAAACACGAACUGACAAAAUGCAAAGAUCAAACAGAACAUAGCCAAAGUAAACAUGAUCACCAAGACAUGACAAUUCUACUUUAGUACAGUACAGAAAUUUGUCAUGCUUUUGAUGAUUAUUUCUGUCAUUCACUUUCUUCCUCUCCAGCAUUGAAAAACAAAGUUAAGUCGAUGUCUAGCUAAUGCUAUAAGUUAAUGCUAGCGAGUAAGACCAGAUGUUUUGGGCGGACCUUACAAGGCUUACUAUGACUUUUGCUAUGACAAUUAUUGGCGGGGAUUCUUGUAACUUAAAUGUUGCUUGCAAUUCUAAGCUGAGAUACAUCUCUUAUCUUAAAACACAAUUCAGUUCUGGUUCCUCUGUAUAUUUUGUGGUGUGUUUGCUUGUUUGUCAACCAACCAAAUACAAAACUCAAAACCAGUGAAGUUGGCACGUUGUCCAUCCAUCCAUUUUCUACUGCUUGUCCCUUUCAAGGGUUGCUGGGGGUGCUAUAGCCUGUCUCAGCUGCAUUCGGGCGGAAGGCCGAGUACACCCUGGACACGUCACCAACUCAUCGCAGGGCCAACACAGAUAGACAGACAACAUUCACACUCACAUUCACACACUGGGGCCAAUUUAGUGUUGCCAAUCAACCUAUCCCUAGGUGCAUGUCUUUGGAGGUGGAAGGAAGCCGGAGUACCCGACGCAGUCAUGGGGACAACAUGCAAACUCCAUACAGAAAGAUCCCGAGUGCAGGAUAAAACUCUGGACCUUCAUAUUGUGAGGCAGAUGCACUAACCCCUCUGUCACCUUGCUAUUGUGUACUUUAAUUUGCUUUUUAUAUAUCCAUCCAUCCAUUUUCUACCGCUUGUCCCGUUCGGGGUCGCGGGGGGUGCUGGAGCCUAUCUCAGCUGCAUUCAGGCAGUAGGCGGGUUACACCCUGGACAAGGCGCCACCUCAUCGCAGGGCCAACACAGAUAGACAGAUAACAUUCACACUCACAUUCACACACUAGGGCCAAUUUAGUGUUGCCAAUCAACCUAUCCCCAGGUGCAUGUCUUUGGCGGUGGGAAGAAGCCGGAGUACCCGGAGGGAACCCACGCAGUCACGGGGAGAACAUGCAAACUCCACACAGAAAGAUCCCCAGCCCGGGAUUGAACCCAGUACUACUCAGGACCUUCGUAUUGUGAGGCAGAUGCACUAACCCUUCUUCCACCGUCAAGCAUAUUUAAUGUUCAAACUGAGAAACUUUUUUUUUUAUACAAAUAAUUCUUAACUUAGAAUUUCACACCCAGGUUUGAGUCCCACAAGUGCCACCCGAGUCAAGGCAUGCCCAACAUGUCCAAAACGCCCCCAGCAAAGUCACACUGGAAGUGGGGAAGAAAAGGUGGGAAAGUGAGCAAAAGUCCACAAAACGUUCAAAAAUCACACCCAGGUGUGACACCUAUGAUGAAGGCUGCAGAAGCAAGGUAGCCGAAACUUGUCAGGUACAACACUUUACCUCACUAGCCUGUAUAAAUCAACCAUUUAUAAAUACACGUCUGUAGGCUAAAUGAACCUCUUCAACAAAUCACACCCAGGUUCGAGUCCCACUGGUUAAUGUUGCGGGCAUCAAAUUCCAAAUGAGCUAGUAUUUGCAAAAAUAGCAAAGUUUGAACGUUAAGUAUCUUGUCUUUGCAGUCUAUUCAAUUGAAUAUAGGUUGAAAAGGAUUUGCAAAUCAUUGUAUUCUGUUUUUAUUUAUGAUUUACACAACGUGCCAACAUCACUGGUUUGGGGUUUUGUACAAAAACAUGUAGGUAGUAGGACAGUUUCUAGACUAAAUUACUUAAAACAUGUGUAAAUUAAAUUUUAUAGUGUGUUGUAUAAUAAACACCGGGCCAAUUAAUAUGUGCAAACGUAUCAAUAUCUUGGGACCACUAUUGAUGGAAACAGAAAUUGCUCUACCGCGUGUAAGAAGGCCAAUAAAGUUAAUAAAGUUUGAGAAAACUGUCUCAAAUUAAUGUUGUCGAAGCCAUCAUAAUUUUUUACCAUAAUAUAAUCUCUGUUGUCGUUCUCUCUGGUCUUAGAGUUUGGUCACUUUAUCAUUGAAAGACAAGAAUGAUGACUAACUGGUGAUUUUCAGCCUUCUCCAGCCACCUUGUACAAUAAACAAACACAGCGCGUAUUAACUUCCCCCAUUUUAAUGGAUGCUUCUCUAUAUCAGUCCUUAUCAAAUAGAGGGGCGGGCCCCCUUGGGGGAAGUGACGGGUGUGCAUGUGUGACCUGGGGGAACACCCUUUUUUUUGCCGUACCGGAAUAUAAUGAAGCGUAUGCACCACUUGGCUUCACCUUAACCACAGUGGGAGACAAGGAAAGACCCAUGUGUUGUUUCCUUUAAUGUUAAGAAUUUUACAAUUUUAUGCAGAGGUAUGGUAUGAACAAUUUUAUAGUCAAACUAUUUAUAGUGACGGUGGAGAGUGGGGCAGGCGCACAAUAUUUUCUUCUUUCUAGGGGAGUGACAGAAAAUAUGCUCUGUAGCAACACAUGUUCACCAUCUCCCCUCUGGUCCAAAGAGUGAAGACAAAAUGGUUCAGAUUUUGUCCUAAUAACAAGUUAUGGUCACAUUUUUUCCAUGUAUGCUGUUGUGUAAUUUUUGGUUGUAUUUAUUUUAUUUUAUUCUGGCCUGUCCUAACUUUAAUUGUUUGUGAUUUUAAAGUAUAUAUUCUGUCCGUGUUUUGGGAAAUUUUGGGUACACAUCUUAUCAACUGUUUGUAUUGCUUUUUGUGUGGAAGGUCUUUCUAUUGAAUGUCUGGGAUCUUAGUUUUGUCUAUUUGUUUAAUGUAUGUUCUAAUUUUAUAGCCUGCAAAACAAACGUAUCUUUGUGUAGUAACCUAACCUAAUUGGUUGUAGUCUAAGUUAACAAAUGUGAUUUUUGGUGUACAACACCCAAAACCGGGGAAGUUGGCACGUUGUGUAAGUCGUAAAUAAAAACAGGAUACCAUGAUUUGCAAAUUUUUUUCAACUUAUAUUCAAUUGAAUAGACUGCAAAGACAAGAUGUUUAAUGUUCGAACUUAGAAACUUUUUUUAUUUUUUUUGCAAAUAUUUAUUAACUUAGAAUUUAAUGGCAGCAACACAUUGCAAAAAAGUUGGCACAGGGGCAUUUUUAACCACUGUGUUGCAUGGUCUUUUCUUUUAACAACACUCAGUUAACAUUUGGGAACUGAGGAGACUAAUUUUUGAAGCUUUACAGGUGGAAUUAUUACCCAUUCUUGCUUGAUGUACAGGUUACAUUUUUCAAUAGUCCGGGGUCUCCGUUGUCGUAUUUUAGGCUUCAUAAUGUGCCACACAUUUUCAAUGUGGUCUGGACUACAGGCAGGCCAGUCUAGUACCCGCACUCUUUUACUACAAAGCCACGCUGUUGUACAAACCCCAAAACCAGUGAAGGUGGCACAUUGUGUAAAUCAGCCAUCUAUGGGGAGUCAUAAUUGCGAUGUGGCCCUCAAUAAAACCAAGUUUGACACCUCAGGUCUAUUAGCACCAUUAUUAGUUUAUACCUGGUUAUUGUUUGAAGGUCCCGUAUAGCUUGUGAUUUUGGUAAGCAGACAAGCAAAAAUCACCUUAAAUUAAGUUGAACUACAAUACAAGCACAUUGAGAUAACUUUUAUCCUUUAACCACUCUAGGAGUAAUUUAUCAUAUAACAUAUCCUACAUUUCCUACAGUACAUUCAUGUUUAUUUAGUUAGUUAGCAGACAAAAAAGCACAAAUAUUACAAAAUAUGCAAAACACAAAACCAUUGAAGUUGUAAAUUGUAAAUAAAAUCUAAAUACAAAUGAUUUGCCAAUCCUGUUCAACCUAUAUUCAAAUGAAUGGACUGCAAAGACAAGCUACUCAGCGUUCGAACUGGAAACCGUUGUUAUUUUUUUCAAAUAUUAGCUCACUAGUAAUUUGAUGCCAGCAAAA